CCGAAGACCCUUGACCCUCCCAUCGAGUACGACUGCUCGCACAUAGCCCAAACGUACUGCUCCUUACUUUUGCUAGUAAUACUUGGGGAUGAUCUUACCCGAGUGCGCCGAUGGGACAUACUGGAAGCCCUGAAGCAGUUGCAAAAACCUGAUGGCAG